CAACCCUGGGCACCAUCAAAAGCUUUCAAAACCCCAUCUAAAAACAGGCAUCCUGAUGAUUGGCUGCCAAGGGCCAACAUCAAGAAAGCUUUCAACGAUCCUACAGAGUUUAAUUUGGAAACAGAAGAUGAUGUUCAAACAUUUGCUAAUAAGUUUGCUGUAGAUGUAAAGCAUGUUAAAGAGUACUUUUGUCAUCUAAAGAUAUUAAAACAGGGAGCAGAGAUGAGAGCACUGAAGAAUGAUAAAGUUAACUGCAUCAUAAGUCAUGUGUUGAAUUCGAAAGCAAAUACAACGAUAACUAGAACAAACGAUGCUGAAUGUUUAGACCAGGACGAAGGCAUGGAAACAGAUGAUGAAGGAGAUGAAGAUGAAAUGGAUUCAGAUGAGAGUGAUGUUGUAUUAGAUGAUUUAUCAGAUAAUUCAGAUAAUUCAGAUGAAGAAAGUGAUUUGCCAGAAAAUGAUUACAUGUUCAACUUCAUUCUGGUUAGCUAGCAACAGCCUGGCAAAGUCGAUUUCUUUAAUACAGUCGACUCUCCCGUAAGCGACCACCCCAGGGCCUGGAGAAAGUGGUCGCUUACGGGAGGUGGUCGCUUACGAGAGUGGUCGUUCAAAUAGUCUACUGUACAAUAAACAAAGUUCUUGUUCGCAGAUGCAUUUAUAUACUAAAGAACAAUAAAACACCAGUAUAAUUUAAGACAUGAUGAUAGAGAAAUUUUCAUCAUGAUUAUGAUGAAUUCUAUGGCUAUACGACUAUGGACUUGGUAUAUGGAGAAGCUCUUUUUUUGUUAAUAUAAUGUUAACCCAAUUUGAGUUUUUAUUUUAAAUGACUGAUUUACUUUUUAUAUAUGGCUGCUUUUAUUUUUUCAAAUUUUUUUUGACCCCUCCUUUGAUCGCACGAGAAAAUACGUAACCCCUCCUUCAGAGGGCUCCAAAAUGUCGUAACCCCUCCUCAAAAUCACCCACCCCCUACCUCACCAUAAAUAAUGACCGCUCCC